AACUAUCAUAAUUCUCCCUCCUCUUUUACCUUCUUCUCCCCUUACGAACCAAAAUCCCUCAAAAAAGAAAAAAGAAAAAACUUAUGCCUUGACUUACGAUCACCAAAAUUCUCGUAAUUUCUUACUUUUAAUCAAAAAGUACUUUUUCUUGAUGCUCAUUUUCCCCCCCUUGAUCCUUCACUUAUGAUCACCAAAAUCGAGCAACCCUUUAAGCCCAAGAUCCCAAUAACAACGUCAGUCCCGCAAUUUUCUGGCUCAGUUUUGAGUUUUGGGUCAAAGUCAAAGUCAAAAUCAAGAUUUGACAUUUAUAAGGGUAGUGGCAAUAAUUGUAGGCUGUUGUGGGUGGAUUAUGAAAAAAUGGAGUUGUUGAGAAAAUUGAGCAGAGGGUGUUUGACGAAUAGUCUAAAAAAGGGUCAGAAGGUUGAAAUUGAAUCAGUUAAUGAUGGUGAAGAUGUGUUUGAUGCAGCUUCUGCUAAAGCAAAGUUGCAGCCUGAACAUCUUGUUAUUAUGGUCAAUGGUCUUAUUGGGAGUUCUACAGAUUGGAGAUAUGCUGCUGAGCAAUUUGUCAAAAGACUGCCUGAUAAAAUUGUUGUUCACUGUAGCGAGUGCAAUUCUUCUAUGUUGACCUUUGAUGGUGUUGACCGGAUGGGCGAGAGACUUGCAAGAGAGGUGGAGGAUGUGAUCAAACGGUGGCCUGGGGUGCACAAGAUCUCAUUUGUUGCUCACUCCUUGGGUGGCCUUGUAGCAAGAUAUGCUAUUGGGAGGUUGUAUGAACUUCCAACAAAAACAGAAUUAGCUGAUAUUAAUGGCUCAUGCUUAGUCAGGGAAGAGAAUGUGUCUGACCAAUGUCACAAGCAGUCUUCGGAAGAAACUGUUGCUGGAUUAGAACCCGUGAACUUCAUAACAGUUGCGACUCCGCAUUUGGGCUCAAGAGGGCAUAAGCAGCUGCCACUUCUCUGCGGUCUUCCUUUGCUGGAGAAAGGGGCAUCUCAAACUGCUCACUGGAUUGUUGGGAGAUCUGGAAAGCACCUAUUCCUGACUGAUAAAGAUGAUGGGAAGCCUCCCCUCCUCCUUAGGAUGGUCAAUGAUUCAGAUGAUCUCAAAUUCAUGUCAGCGUUACGCUCUUUUAAGCGUCGAGCGGCAUAUGCAAACGCAAAUUAUGACC